AUGGCUCUUCAACUGAUGAAAAUAGCAAAAUUGCUGAACCCAGCCAAAACUGAAUCGCCAAGUAACAUCAAUAGAAGCACAGUCAAAUCAUGUUCUGAGACCGGUUACUUUGGAGACAAUGGUUCUUCUUGUCAUACUAAAAGCCCCGAUCACAUCGCUCAGAAUGGCUCUAAGUGUGCUGGUGGCUGUACACUUGCAACACAUCCAACAAGUUUAACCAAGAAGCAAUCCACUCCUGUCCCUGAUCCUUCUUACACCAAACCUACCAAGUCUUGUGACCUAGACGAGUUGGACCUGAGAUACAUAACCAUUCGUCGCGUGUCACAUCUCAACUCCAGCAAUUUAACUCAAACAAGUAAACCUGACCAAACAGACGGCACAUCAGAGUCAUACUCACAGGUUGUCAGAACCUUCACUGGUGAUCGAGAUGACAGCACACGUUACGAGAAGAAGACACCAAACCCUUUACCGUCGGGGAUAGAUAACCAAUUAUCGGCUAGUGCUAGGAUGAAUCUAUCACGCAGCAUUGGACACAAAUCGUCGUGUACCAGGGUGGCAGGGUAUCGUAUAAUACAAGUCGCUGAAGUUAGUGGACAUGACAUAUCACCUUUAUCCAAUGGUGGUUGCUCUCCCGAUAUGGCGAACAUGCUCCUACUGAGGUCUGGUGACGUGGAACCAAACCCGGGUCCAAAUACCAAGCUUGAGGAUCUAAGUGAGCAUGAAUUGUAUCUCCUUGCUGACGGUAUAGAUCCAUCAGACCUUAGGAAGGUCGGACUAGCUCUAGAAUUCACUGAAGCUCAAAUAGGUCGAUUCAAGGAAGACAACAUUGGAAACAUAAUGCUAGCUACCUACAAGAUGCUUUGCGAAUGGCUCAAAACAGUUCGGCAGGAAGAAGCGAGGAAAAUAUUGUCAACCAAGUUACAAGACAUACAUCUGGUACAGCUGGCAAACAGUGUUCUAAAAGGCCAGGCCGGUGAUCACAUACCAUCACUGACAGAAGAGGAAAUCCAACGGGUCAUCAAAGAGGUCAAAGAAUAUUCUGCCCUUCAUCACUGUCAGAUUCCAGCAGAUCCACUGAACAGCAGUCUUCUAUUUCAAUUAGAUCAGAUCUUCACCAAUUUAACGUUGAUAGAAGAAGGCCGAGGAGCAACCCUAAAGGCACCGCUACUCUACGCAGACCUGCUCAAGACUAAAGUCAACGGAGUCCUUCCUAAACGUUUGUUGGUUGAAGGUGAAGGUGGUGUGGGGAAAACAACUCUUUGCUCGAAGAUUGUUUGGGACUGGAUUCAUGGAGCUGGCUACCAAGAUUUCAAACUGGUUCUUCUCGUCCUUCUACGUGAUUUAGAGGGUAAGACUCUUGGAGAGAUAAUAAAGUCUUACCUCCCAGACGACAAUAUGGUUACAGCCAUGCAACUAAACAAGUAUGUCUUCUCACAUCAGAAAGACGUCUUUCUUGUUCUUGACGGCCUAGAUGAGCUAGCUGGCGAUCUUAAGAGCUCUCAUCAAAUCCCCCUUAUCAUCCUCAAUCAGCUGUUUAAGUCAGGGAGAGUGCUAAUCACGUCUAGAAGAUGGCGGUCAGAUGAGAUACGGAUGAAUUUGGAUCUUAGAAAGGUGUAUGCUUUCAUUGCCGUCGAAGGCUUUUCUGCUGACAAUCUGUCUUCCUACGUCACUAAGUUCUUUCAUCCAGACACAACAUCAGCUGAGGACUUGAAUCGAUUUAUUUCAAACAACGGUGUGAUCAGAGAGAACAUGGCUCCCUUCCCGAUAUACACAGUUAUGCUGUGCAUCAUGUGGAAAGACUUCGACGGCGAACGCCGUGGAGCAAUGUCCAAGCUUCAGACAUUUUCCCAACUGUUUGAUGAGAUGAUCCACUUCUUAGUAGAUCAUUAUCUUUCCAAGCUCAAUAUGUCUGCUCGUAAUAUUGAUGGAGAAAUGGAUAGGAAACGGAAGGACAUUCUACGUCAUCUAUCCAAUAUCGGUUGCCUAGCCUUGCAGGGGCUCCAUGAAAGGAGACUGGUGUUCACUGAAGAAGAAUUUCAGAGAUUGCCGGGUUCUGUGGAUACAGGUUGCCAAGUUGGAGUACUCACUAAACAAACGCAAACUCCCUCUCGGAGAGAGAGAAGACACCAUUCUCAUUCUGCAGUCUCAUCUGUCCAGUUCCCUCAUAAGCUGUUUCAGGAGUAUCUAUCAGGGAUGUAUCUGGCAUCUCUUCACAACUCAAACAGAAGCGAGUACGACAGGUUGAUGAAGAAUAUAAUCGUCAACGCAAGUGAAUUCCGGGAGCUUCUAUACUUCACCUCGGCCCAACAGAAGGGAGUCGGAUUGGAUAUCAUAACUCGUCUCAUAGCAUCAACAUCAACACGAUCAACUGUACAUGGGCGUAACGAUGACUACAUUGCUGAUAUAGCAUAUGAGAGUCAAGACCAAACAGUGGCUAAAGCUGUGGCAGAUCAUCUAUCGACUUCAUCCAGCAAGACACUUGUGAUCGAGGGGGAGAAGAUACCGGCGCACACAGUAGCGGGACAUAUCUUCAUCGUGAAUCAUCGUAAUGUGGACCUGGCUGACUUCAUGUGCUCCUCAUCUACUCUGAGAUCAGCAUGGAUCGUUAUCUCUGCAGGCCGAGUAGAGAAUAUGCAUGAAAAUUUAUCCGAGGUGCUUGCUGAUAACGCCACUCAUUCGAAAAUUGAGCGUCUUGAGAUAAAGUACAUUGAUCUCAGUCAACGUCUGUCUGCAUCACGUGAUCUCGCUGAGUUCAUUUGUAAGAUGCCUAAUCUCAGGGAACUUUGUCUCGGUAGUGAAUAUAAAGAAACACUUCCCUCACUUCACGAAGAGUUCUAUUCAACGUUAUCAUCCUUAGCAUCAUCCGCAAAGAUUGAGCGUCUUGAUAUUAAUUACAUUGAUCUUAGUCAACGUCUGUCUGCAUCACGUGAUCUCGCUCAGUUCAUUUGUAAGAUGCCUCAUCUCACGGAACUUCUUCUCGGUGAUAAAUAUGGAAACGCCAGUCCCUCACUUCAUGAAGAGUUCUAUUCAACGUUAUCAUCCCUAGCAUCAUCCGCAAAGAUUGAGAUUCUUCAUCACAAUGAGAAUCUCAGUCAACGUCCGUCUGCAUCACGUGAUCUUGCUCAGUUCAUCUGUAAGAUGAAUCAUCUGAAGAACCUCACACUCUCCGGUCAGUAUCAUGAUGACUUCUACUCAACAGCAUCGUCGGUGGCAUCAACUGCAAAGGUCGAGAUUCUUUAUCACAAUGAGAAUCUGAGUCAACGUCCGUCUGCAUCACGUGAUUAUGCUCAGUUCAUCUGUAAGAGGAAUCAUCUGAAGAACCUCACACUCUCCGGUCAGUAUCAUGAUGACUUCUACUCAACAGCAUCGUCGGUGGCAUCAACUGCAAAGGUUGAGAUGCUUCAUCACAAUGAGGAUCUCAGUCAACGUACGUCUGCAUCACGUGAUCUUGCUCAGUUCAUCUGUAAGAUGAAUCAUCUGAAGAACCUCAAACUCGACGGUCAGUAUCAUGAGGAUUUCUACUCAACAUCAUUGUCGAUGACAUCAACUGCAAAGGUUGAGAUUCUUCAUGUCAGCGAAAAUCUCAGUCAAUGUCCGUCUUCAUCACGUAAUCUUGCUCAGUUCAUCUGUAAGAUGAAUCAUCUGAAGAACCUCACACUCUCCGGUCAGUAUCAUGAUGACUUCUACUCAACAUCAUUGUCGAUGGCAUCAACUACAAAGAUUGAGAUUCUUCAUCACAGUGAGAAUCUGAGUCAACGUCCGUCUUCAUCACGUGAUCUUGCUCGGUUCAUCUGUAAGAUGAAUCAUCUGAAGAACCUCACACUCUACUACGGUCCGUAUCAUGAUGACUUCUACUCAACAGUUUCGUCGAUGGCAUCAACUGCAAAGAUUGAGAUUCUUCAUCACAAUGAGAAUCUCAGUCUACGUCCGUCUGCAUCACGUGAUCUUGCUCAGUUCAUCUGUAAGAUGAAUCAUCUGAAAAACCUUACACUCGACGGUCAGUAUCAUGAUGACUUCUACUCAACAUCAUUGUCGAUGGCAUCAACUGCAAAGAUUGAGAUUCUUCAUCUCAAAGAGAAUCUCAGUCAACGUCCGUCUGCAUCACAUGAUCUUGCUCAGUUCAUCCGUAAGAUGAAUCAUCUGAAGAACCUCACUCUCUCCGGUCAGUAUCAUGAUGACUUCUACUCAACAGCAUUGUCGAUGGCAUCAACUGCAACGGAUUACUGCAACACAAGCUCAACUGUGACUGAUCUAACCGUUACUGAUAGUACACUAAAAGAAUGGCAGGAUUGUGGAUCGAUGUUUGACAAUGUGAAGAGGUUCACCAUACAGGUACGGGGCACGAUCAGAUGUGACGUCAUUCAGAGGAUCCAUCUACCAGCAGCGACAGAGCUCACCAUUCAAACAUAUGAGUAUAAUAGGAAACCGGCUUCUCUCCACGAUGAUCCCACUGCACUACACAAUGCACUUCACAAGGUCUCAUCUCAGCUUGUCAAGGUCACAUUCACAGAUCUCUACACCGGUAACAAUCAGACCAAACGCAUUAUUCAAGCUUUCAGAUCAACACACGAUCUCAAAAAUCUGAGGAUCCUGGGGUUCAUAAGAUGUGGGACUGAUGAGAGCUUCGAUUCUUGUAUUGACUCCAAUGAUGAGCAUAAUAUUACUGUGGAGAUAGUACAUGGCAAACCAGUGGGGUAA